CGAGGGGACUGGGCGGGGCCGGGGGCGAGUGUCCGGCCCCGCCCCGGCCCCGCCCCGCUCCGGAGCCGCCCGGGACGCAGGGAGGAGGGCGGCUGGGCCGGAGCUGCCCGCGGCGCCGCGCUCCUGCACGCUCCGGACCCGCCUCUGCAGGUGCCAUGACUCAGCCGCCCCAGGAGGGCUUCGACAGGAGCGUGGAGGAAGCCCGGCAGUGGAUGAAGGCUGUGCAGGAGCGGCUGCAGGUCAACGACAACACCCAGGGGCCCCGGGCGGCCCUGGAGGCCAGGCUGCGGGAGACUGAGAAAAUAUGCCAGCUGGAGCCGGAGGGGCGCGUGAAGGUGGACGUCGUGCUGCGGGCGGCGGAGGGCCUCCUGGCGUGUUGCCGUGACGGCCAGAAGCCCGAGAUCCUGGCCCAGCUGAAGGACAUCAAAGCCCAGUGGGAGGAGACGGUCACCUACAUGACCCACUGUCACAGCCGCAUCGAGUGGGUGUGGCUGCACUGGAGCGAGUACCUGCUGGCUCGAGAUGAGUUCUACCGCUGGUUCCAGAAGAUGAUGGUGGUCCUGGAGCUGCCCGUGGAGCUGCAGCUGGGCCUGAAGGAGAAGCAGUGGCAGCUGAGCCACGCCCGGGUCCUGCUGCACAACGUGGGCAACCAGGCCGUGCUCCUCGACCGGCUGCUGGAGGAGGCGGCCUCCCUGUUCAACAGGAUCGGGGACCCCAGUGUGGACGAAGAUGCCCAGAAGAGGAUGAAGGCCGAGUACGCCGCGGUGAAGGCCAAAGCCCAGGACAGAGUGGACCUGCUGGAGCAGGUGACCCGGGAGCACGAGCAUUUCCAGGCAGGCGUGGACGAGUUCCAGCUGUGGCUGAAGGCAGUGGUGGAGAAGGUGAGCAGCUGCCUGGGGCGGAACUGCAAACUGACCACCGAGGGCCGUCUCUGCGCGCUGCAGGACAUCGCUGGCGAUUUUCCCCGGGGUAAGGAGUCUUUGAGGAGGCUGGAGGAGCAGGCUGUGGGCGUCAUCCAGAACACCUCUCCUCUGGGCGCGGAGAAGAUCACCGAGGAGCUGGAGGAGAUGCAGAAAGUUCUGGACAAGCUGCGAGCCCUCUGGGAGGAGGAGGAGGAGCGGCUGCACGGCCUGCUCAAGUCCAUGGGAGCCUGUGAGCAGCAGAGGCGGCAGCUAGAGGCCGAGCUGGGAGAGUUCAGGAAGGACCUUCAGAGGCUGGCCGAGGAGGGUCUGGAGCCCGCGGCGAAGGCGGGGACCGAGGACGAGCUGGUGGCCCGCUGGAGACUCUACUCGGCGACGCGGGCGGCCCUGGCCGCGGAGGAGCCCCGGGCGACCCGGCUGCAGGCCCAGCUGAAGGAGCUCAUCGUCUACCCCCAUGACCUGCAGCCGCUCUCCGACAGCGUGGUCGCUGCUCUCCAGGAGUACCAGAGCAUGAAGGGGAAGAGCGCCAGGCUGCGCAAUGCCACGGGGGCGGAGCUGUGGCAGCGUUUCCAGAGGCCUCUACAGGACCUGCAGCUGUGGACGGCCCUGGCCCAGAGCCUCCUGGACAUCACCGCCAGCCUGCCGGACCUGCCCUCCAUUCACACCUUCCUGCCCCAGGUCGAGGCGGCCCUGGCGGAAAGCUCGCGCUUGAAGGAGCAGCUGAUGAUGCUACAGCUGAAGAAAGACCUGCUGAGGAGUGUCUUCGGCCAGGACGAAGCCACGACCCUCCUGGAGCAGGUGGCGAGCUCCGUGCGGGACAGAGACUUGCUGCACAACGGCCUCCUGCAGAGGAAAAGCAAGCUGCAGAGCCUGCUGGCUCAGCACCAAGAUUUUGGGGCUGCUUUCGAGCCCCUACAGAAGAAGCUGUCGGACCUCCAAGGCAGGGUCCGAGCUGAGAAGGGGCUUCAGCAGGACCUUCCUAGGAAACAGACCCAGCUCUCCAGGUUGCAGGGGCUGCAGGAAGAGGGGCUGGACCUUGGGGCACAGAUGGAGGCCGUGAGGCCUCUCAUCCAGGGGAACCCCACCCACCAGCACAAAAUGGAGCAGCUUUCUGCCGACUACCAGGCCCUGCAGAGGUCUCUGGAGGACCUCAUGGACAGGUGUCAGCAGAGUGUGAGGGAACACUGCACCUUCAGCCACGAGCUGCUGGAGCUGAGACAGUGGAUCGCCGUGGUCACCCAGAAGCUGGAGUCACAUCAGGAGGAGGCGGGCCCGUGGGACGCCCAGUCCCGGGAGGUCGAAGUCGAGAGGCUGCUGGCUGAAUUCCCGGAGAAGGAGGCCCAGCUGCCCCUGGUCGAAGCCUAUGGCCGGCUGGUGAUGAAGAAGUCUUCUCCGGAAGGGGCUGCUCUGGUCCAGGAGGAGCUGGAGGAACUGGUGGGGUCGUGGCAGGCUCUGAAGCUGCUGGAGGAAAGCCUGCUGAGCCUCAUCAGAAACCAGCAGCUGCAAAGGACGGAAGUGGACUCGGGGAAGAAAACGAUUUUCACCAACAACAUCCCAAAGACUGGGUUUCUCAUCGAUCCCGCGGAGCCUCUUUCCGGGCGGCACCGCCGGGCAAAUCUGCUCCGGGAAGAAGGCAGCCGGGAAGGUUACUCCCAGCUCCUGAGGGACUUUGAGCAGUGGCUGGAGGCGGAAAACGCCAAGCUGGUUAGCAUCAUCGCGAUGCGAAUGGCCGCAGCCAGGGAUCUGAGGGCCAGGGAAACGAAGCUACAGGAGCUGCAGGCUCGGGUGCCAGAAGGUCAGCGUCUCUUCGAGAACCUCCUUCGUGUCGGGCCAGCGAGGGGGUCCUCGGAUGAGCUUGAGGACCUGCGUUACCGGUGGAUGCUGUACAAGUCCAAGCUCAAGGACUCCAGCCACCUGCUGACACAGAGUUCUCCAGGGGAGCCGACUGGAUUCCAAAAGGCUCCGCGGUGGCGAGGACUCGGGCCCCUCUUCCGGAAGGUGUGCUGUGUGGCUCUCCCCCUGCAGCUGCUGUUCCUGCUGUUCCUGCUGCUGCUGUUCCUGCUUCCGGUCGGGGAAGAGAACCGCAGCUGCACGCUGGCCAACAACUUCGCCCGCUCCUUCAAGUUCAUGCUGCGCUACGAUGGCCCCCCGCCCACCUAACCCGCUGGGCCACGCAGGCAGCAGCAACGGCUGGUUUAUGCAGAGGUUGAACUCAGGGCGAUAGCGGUUCUCAGCUCCUCGGAAACGUCAGGAUCACCUGGGAAGCAUCUUCAAAGUCAUUGCCGGCAUCUCUCCAGACCUCGUGGGCUGCAAUCUGGAGGGUAGACCGAGUGGAGUUUGAAAAUUCCAAAUGCGCUCUGAGUAGACAGACGGCCCCAAACAGAGGCAGGCACCAGGCAGAUAACAGAAGGCCCUUGGAUCAAAGCCCCACUUUGAUGGUUUGUUUAACAAACCGUUCUUAGGUCUGAGAAUCUGCUUUCCAAAGCCACAGGGUUUUGGAAGCUGUACCCAGAGAGGGCAGAGGUACAAGAGAAGGGGGGAUACCAUCCCAUGUUCGAGGAGAGGUCUAAGAAACCAGCCACGAACCCCAGACCCACCGCCUGUCAAUCAAGUCUCCUGGCAAUGGCCCUGGCUUGCCAGGGGAAAUGUGUGUCCAGAAUCUUCCGCUCCCAAAGCGUAUGUACUUCAGUUUCGAACACUUGCCAUGAGGUUUUAAAAUAGAAAGGCUUGGACUCUUGCAUUAUUUAUCCGCCCAUUCCCAAAUUUUACAAAUCUGUUAUUUUAAUAACGCACGCAAUCCUUUUCCUACUCUGUUCUCUGAAGACACCCUCGUCGCUUAUUAAGAAGAGAGAGACAAGGACCUCUCAGGUGAGAAAAACAUGUCUUUAAUCCCUCACCCUUAAGUGACUGGUAAAAGGGAGAGACCGGGUUUUAGACUCUGGGUAAAACUAAGUGGUGUCCAGAAUUGUGAGUGCGAAGGACUUGGAACCUUCUGGAUGCAGGAGCCGGUUCCCCGGCACGUGCCCUUGGAGUCCAACACCAUUCCUGUGGCUGAGCCUCGGAUGGGAGAGUCUGUUCUGUUAGGAGGGGGUCCUCGGCUUCCACAGGUCAGCCUUAACAGCAGGUGAGACCGCGGAGUCCUCGGUGCCCCAGCUGGUCGCUUCUGGGUGUCAAAGGGCAGAACAACUCUCCGCCAUCAGCCCGUAACAAGAGUAGUGCUUGUUCGCUAUAAGGAAUUCACUUCCAGAAGUGAGUCCGGGGGCGCCUGGGUGGCUCAGGCGGUUGAGCGUCCGACUUCAACUCAGGUCCUGCUCUCACGGUUCGUGAGUUCGAGCCCCGCAUCGGGCUCGCCGCUGUCAGCGCACAGCCUGCUUGGGAUUCUCUGUCUCCCUCUCUCUCUGCCCCUCCCCUGCUCAUGCUGUCCCCCAAAUAAAUAUUACAAGAAAAAGAAGAAAGACGUGAGUCCACCAGCUAUCUUGGGACCUACUGGCUAAUGUCUUAAGGGUAGUCCCCGAAGCCCUCGUGACUCUUGUGACCUGGGGUCAGGGGGCUCCUCGACUCCUGAUUAGCCGUCUCCCAAAAUGAAACAAAAGACAGAACCUCGUCCGCUGGGACACUCUACCCUUGAGGUGUAUGGAGGUCAUGGGGUUGGCCCUACGUAGCUGAUUUUAAAAAGCUUUAAUCUGUGUAACGUGAAGGUAGGCCGGGCAUCACGUAGAGUGACUGUGUGCUGUUUCUAGCGACCUGGGGUUGAGAACUUCGGCAUUAAAACAUCGCUUCGGUGGGAAAACUACAGUUUCUAAAUCUUUACGGAGCUCUCAUACUCCUGACUGGGUGAUUAAGUCAUUUUUAUGACUAUGUGAUUUUCCACUCCCCCCUCCACCCCCCCACCCCCCCACCAGCCCUAGCCAUGGAAGUAAUUAUCUUACCUCUGUUUUCAUCUGAGGCUUCCCAGCCUGGCCGUGACAUGUUUAAUUGGAGAGAUUCAUCAUCUUUCGUGGAAACCCCUCGGUGAGACGCUAUUCAGCUACUUGGCCUUGGCCUUUCCUGUCACCGUCUGGCCGGCUCUGGCUCCCAACCGCUCCUGCGGUGACCUUUCGCCACCCUGCUUCCCUCGAUUACGCUUCAAGGGGAGCGCCCCCGGCCCGCUCCGGGUUUCCGUCGUGGGGAUCCUGGAUUGCCGUCGUGCUUUGGCGUGCGUCCUGGUCGGUCCCUGCUUCCAGCUCCUCCUUGGUCUUCGCCGUGGCCUUCUGCUAAUUUCUAACAGGAGGCCUCUGCUACCAACGGACAGCAAGGGAAAUUGCUCCAAAUUGUCCCGCGACAGUCUCUCUCCAUCGCGAGUGUGGGUUUCCCGUCCUUGACCAUGUGCAAAUAAUUGAGGCCCUUUUGCUUUGGAAUAAGGUGAUGGCAUGACAAAAAGAAAAGUUAAAAAAAGAAAAGAAAAAAGCAAGCUCCUUGCGAUUGGCGUCCUGGAUCACAUCCUGGAACGGUAAAGGGACAUUAGUGGAAAACUCAAUGGAACACAAAUGAAGUCUGUGGUUUCCUGAAUAAUGUCACGCCGGUGUUCGUGUCAUGGUUUUGACGAGAGUCCCACGGUUCCGUGAGCGGUUCGCGUCAGAGGAGACCCGGCGACGGGAACUUGGUGCUAUCUUGGCACCUCCUCUAAAAUUAUCCCAAGGAAACGUUUUAUUUAUUUAUUUGUUUAUUUAUUUAUUUUAAGUAGAGACUUUUAUGGCCCUGGGGAAAAGGUGAGAGUUCUCUCUUGCCUCUAAAUUGCUCCCUUAAAAACGGGCUUGGAUCUGUCCUGGGAACAGGCUUGGAGUCAGCCCCAUCCACGUUUGCCUCCCAGUCACCGCGUCUCCAAGGUAGCAACCUUGGGAAAGUUCUCCAGUCUUCUUGAAUGAUACCACAAAGGGAUAUGGUCGGGAGCGAAAGCAGCCAGUAUGCCCAGCGCUUGGCACGUAGCAAACACUGAGCCGGUGUUCUGGUCCCCUCCCAGCCGCCUCCUCGGCCGCGCUCAGCACGUUCGGAAGACGCGUCUUGUUUCAGCCCUCUGAACCUGGGGUUUGUAGGCUACGUUGGCCGACCCCAAAGUACGGCCUUGCAACUGGUGCCAGGGGUCUGCGGCGUCCCCUACGCGCUUCGCAAGUGUCCCGGGGAUCCUCGUUGAGCAGGAGGCUUCUGGAAUCAGCCAGGGGUCAGUUGCAGACAACGGAAGCCACUCUAGCCCGUUUAAGGAGAGAAAGAUUAAUUACAGGGUGUUGGGUGGCUCACAAAAUUGCUGGCAGGGUUGAAGGAGUCGACCUCUAGUCUGAGAUUCCAGAAAUAAACCCAGCCUGAGGACCACUCUGGCCUCUUCCCUGGCGGAGACAAGAGGCAGCCACCACUUUAAGAAGCUGCCAAGCCAGGAAGCCGCCGCGGUUGCCUGAAGACUCUUGUUGUCUCCCCCGGUCACCCACAGCAGCCACCCAGGUGCCCCGCGUCAGGCCGUCUCAUGGGCCUCCCUUCCAUACCGCGUAUCGCGGCAGGAGAACCUGAGCAGGCAAAGCCUAGGUCACAUCCAGGGCCCGGCAGCAAAGGAGUCUAGAAAUGUCGUUUUAGCUUUACCCUCUCUGCAUCACAGGAGGGCGUCUUGCAAGGGGUUUACUGGGUGAUAAACCGAGCACCCCACAGUCCACGCCUUUGGAUGCUUAAUAUUCACGCGCACCCCGGUUUCCCCAUCUAAACCUCCAAAUGAAAACGGCAGCAGAAACGCUCAGCUCCCACGCUGUGCAAUGCGCCUCCCGCUCGUACAAACAGGUGCACGCUUAGCGACACGUCUUACUAGUCAGUAUAUCCAUUUCCGUGCUCCGUGAGUUUCCCUCGGGUUCAUUCGCAGUCUUAACUUGAUAGCCUGAGGUCUGUGAACGAAAAGCACACGGUUAACGACCCAGUCCCCGCCACCACGCCCACGUUGUCCAUGAACAGGCACCGGAGUGGCUGGAAAGAGGCCGUGUGAUUGCCCAGCUGACUCUCAGGAGCCUCCUUUGUAUAGAUGGGCUUCUGGUGAGCAGACAGCCCCACGUAGCCUGGCACCCGAGAUCUACUCCAGGAGGACUACCCACAAACCUCUCCUUCAAACUUCCUUGUCAUCCGUCCCUAACCUUGAACUUUUCAAGCCCUUGACCAUCCUUAAGUCAAGAAUGUUUAAGUAAAGAAUAUUUCUGAGCUCCUACUGUAUGUCAGGCAUGAACAAAAUGGUGAAGGAGAGCAAACCCAGGCUCCCGCCUUCAUGGAGCCUCCUUCCUGGAGCUGGUCGCUGCCCACCAGUCCACGUAGAUCUGUACUCCCAGUCACUUCUGUUAUUGGGCAAAAUGGAUUACCAAUGGACAGCUCAAAGCUGGCCCCUGGGGGGACUUCCCUUCCCCUUGCCUUUCAUCACCAGCCUUCAGGAGGACUUCGAUCCCAUAGCACUGAACUUCUGGCUGGUUCUGUCAUAUCAUCCAAGGCCAGGUGGAAACUCAGGCUCAGAGUCUUUACCUCUAAGACAAGGGUCAUGGAGCCUCAGGGUGAGGCCAUGGGGCAGGCAGAGGGGUUGGGGACUGUGCAGCAGGUGUGGGUGACCUGGAGUGUGAAUCACCGGGUGACCAAAUGAGAGAACUGGCAAAGACUUCAGGCCUGGACACUCAGCCAGAACUGGACACGCCACUGGGAUCAGCCUGUGUGGGGUUCCCGCCCAUGGAAAGGCUGCACAGGCAGAUGGUGAGGUCCUCUUGGCCGCCAUGUCUCCCGACCACUUGAGCACUGCCCUCGCCAUGGACUUCUCUCCAUCCACCCCUCCUGGUGCUGCUGGGAGACCCUUCUCUGACAACAUCUGGGACUCCGACAUGCCCCUGCCCCGCCAAAGCCAAUUUGUGACCAUUGGUUUGCUCCUUCUCCCCCUCCAUCUCUCUUUCUUUGAUAUCUGCUCCGUUCUCUCAUUCCCUGGCCUUGGCUCUCUUGAGUCUCUCCAGUUUCUGGUUCCAUCACUUGAGACCUAUCUGUUUUGAUGUUUCCAUCCUCUAGGACUGAGCUGGCCUGCAGGUCAAAUCCAGCUGCCACCUGUUUUUGUGUAGCCCAAGAUGACCAACAGAAUUUAAAAUUUUUUAAAAUGGUUCCAUGUUUAAGUGGUCACGUAUUAGGGGCGCCUGGGUGGCUCAGUCGGUUGAGCGUCCGACUUCGGCUCAGGUCAUGAUCUCGCGGUCUGUGAGUUCGAGCCCCGCGUCGGGCUCUGUGCUGUGAGCUUAGAGCCUGGAGCCUGCUUCUUUGGAUUCUGUGUCUCCCUGCCUCUUGGCCCCUCCCCUGCUCACUCUCUGUCUCUCUCAAAAAUAAAUACACUUUAAAAAAUUUU